CUCUGCAACCCAGUCGCAGAUGGGAACACAAUCAAUUUGGAUAAAACCUAUGGUCGAUCGCUAAAUCCGACAACCGUGUACGAUUUUGGGAUCCGUGUAUUCCUUGGGCGAGAUCCCCGACGGGCGCGACAGUUGGCUAGUUUGUUCAGCCGACGACUCAGACAAUUAGCCGGUUGGUUCGAAAAACAGCACCAAUUCGCAUUUUAUGCCAGCUCUCUUCUGCUUGCUUAUGACAAUUCGGAGACAAGCAGCAGUUUGAGUAGCUUAACUGCUCGAGGUGAAUCAUCCACAUCCCCGGGGUUGUCUGGAAAUUCUGACGAGAGACAUCACGACAACCACAAUCACAACUCGGAUGAAUCGAUUGUGGCCCACCUGAUCGAUUUUACCCGUUGGACUGAUCUAGUCGGUAAUCGGGAUGAUAACGUGCUUUACGGACUGUACAAGCUGAUCAGUCUAUUUGAUCGUGCAGCGACCGAUCGAACAUCACCUCCCUCACCAUGUCCCCCAGAUCGGGUGUUUGUACGGGGAUAA